AUGGAUAUUCAAUCCCGUUCGAUAACUCAAGACACAGCAGAUGAUCUGGAAGGGUCGACGACAAUGUCUAAAAAACAGUUCAAAGUGAUCAUCGUCGGCGGAUCCAUAGCCGGAUUGACCCUUGCCCAUUGUUUGCAUCGGCUCGGAAUUGACUAUGUUGUUUUAGAGCGAAGAGAUGAGAUCUCGCCUCAGGAGGGUGCAUCUGUUGGCAUAAUGCCAAAUGGUGGGAGAAUCCUAGAUCAAUUAGGGCUAUAUGAUCAGAUCGAAGAACUUGUUGAGCCCCUGUAUUCGGCUCAUAUGCGGUACCCUGAUGGAUUUAGUUUCCAAAGUCAGUAUCCAAAGAUUUUGCGAGAACGCUUUGGUUUCCCACUCGCUUUUCUUGACCGCCAGAAGCUCCUAGAGAUUCUACAUCAAUCGCUUCCAAAUGACGGUAAAGUCCUCACCAGAAAGAAGGUGACUGAGAUCCAGCAUUACAAAAGUCAUGUCACUGUCCAAGUAGAGGACAACUCAUGCUAUGACGGUGACAUCGUUGUGGGAGCAGAUGGCGUACAUAGCAAGGUACGAGAAGAAAUGUGGCGAUUGAGGAAUUCGAUGGUGCCAGGAAGCGUCAAAGAAGGCAAAAACGACAUGACAAUUGAGUACGCUUGUGUUUACGGCAUCUCAUCGCCAAACCCAGAUCUGCAGCCCGGACAGCAAAUUACCUGUCUCAAUGACGGCUGGAGUAUCCUAAGUGUCAUCGGAAAAAAGGGACGGACCUUCUGGUUUCUGUUUAUCAAACUCGACAAAAAGUAUAUGUAUGGCACCGCUCCACGCUUCUCUGCUCAGGAUGCUUCUACCUACUGUGAGAGAUUGCACGACAAACCAUACUGGGGAGAUGUAAAGUUUGGCGACCUCUGGGACAAACGAGAGGCCUUCAACAUGGCACCACUGGAGGAAGUCCUUUUUUCCCAGUGGGAUUGGGGGCGGAUAGUUUGUAUUGGCGACAGUAUGCACAAGAUUGCACCACACACAGGUCAAGGUGCCAACUGCGCCAUAGAAGACGCGGCAUGCCUCAGUAAUCAAUUACACGAAUAUUUUGCCCGUAAAGGGAGUUCUGAGCCCUCCCUUCUUGAGAUAGGCCAAAUUUUCCAACAACUGAAACAACAGCGGAUUGGUCGCUUAGCAGAUAUCGACAAAACCACGCGGUUGGCCAUGCGCCUCCAGGCCAGGGAGGGAAUAUUCAGAAGGCUCUUGGGCCGUCUUAUGCUACCUUAUAUGAAGGAUAAGUUAGCGGACUGGGCAUCAGUUGAUAUAGCGAACACGGUCACAUUGGCCAUGCUGCCAGUUUCAAAACGCUCAGGAUCGGGAUGGGAAAAGUUCAAACCCAAAGCCAGCUCGUUUUUACCUGGAGUCUUGGCUGGAUUUUUCUUUCUCUGUGGUCUGAUAAUUGUGUUUAGAGGAUAG